AUGCUUGCCAAGCUUGCGUUCUGCCUGUUCCUUGCAGCGGCAAAUGCUUGGACUCCCCAAUCAAGGAGAGCCGCAUACCACAACGGAGAGAAGUUGUCCGAACGAUGGCUGCUGGGCUCUGACAAGAUUCGAGGUGUCAACCUCGGUUCUCAAUUCAUCAUCGAGCGCUGGAUGGCUGAAGAGUCAUGGAAGAAGAUGAACUGCGGUCCUUACAACGACGAGUGGACUUGCGUUGAGGGUAUCGGCCAGGCUGCUGCCGAUAAGGCCUUUAAGAAACAUUGGGAAACGUGGACGACUGAGGAUGAUAUCAAGCAGAUUGCAAGUCUCGGCUUGAACGCUGUCCGUAUCCCGGUUGGGUUCUGGAUGUAUGAGGAUAUUAUCAAGGAGGAUGAGUAUUAUCCACGAGGUGGUAUUUGGCAUCUUGAUCGUAUCGUUGGAUGGUGUAAAGACCAUGGUCUUUAUGUUAUUAUCGAUCUUCAUGGUGCUCCGGGGUCGCAAUCUCCGAGCGAGCAGUUUACUGGUCAUGCUCUGAAGAACCCCGGAUUCUACACACCCGAGAACUAUGAGCGAGCUGCUAGAUUCCUCGAAUGGAUGACGAAGCGAAUUCACACCAACGGCAACUAUACCACGGUUGGCAUGCUCGAGGUAAUGAACGAGCCUGUUCGUUCUGGAAAGUGGAAGGCUGAGGCUACCGACAUGAGAAAGAAUUUCUACCCCAAGGCCUUCCACCGUAUCCAGGCUAUGGAGGGUUACCUGGACAUCGCUGAGUCUGACCGUCUUCACAUUCAGUUCAUGGGCAAGUCAUGGGGUGCAGGAGACCCUCGAGAAUACCUCCCCGAGAGCGACCUCAUCUUCUUCGACGCGCAUCGCUACCUCAGCUUCGACAAUCGCAUCGCCGGCAACAAGAAAUCAUACAUUGAAACAGCCUGUGACGACUUCAUGGGCAAGAACGUGUUUGUCGGCGAGUGGUCUCUCUCCGUCAACAGCACUCUCAAGAACACGGACGAAUUCAAGGUCGAUGGACAAGAGACUUGGUACAAACAUUAUUGGGCUGCGCAGGUAGAGUCAUUUGAAAAGUCGGAUGGAUGGUUCUUUUGGUCUUGGAAGUGUGAUGGCAAGGUUGAUUGGCGGUGGUGUUACAAGUCUGCCGUUGCUGCGGGUGUUAUUCCAAAGGAUGCUGGGCAAGCCGCUAGUAUUAGUCCAUGUUCCAGAUACUGA